ACUGUGUUGGAUAGCACUCCACGUAAACGGGAUAAGACUGAUCCGGCUACAUAUGCCGAGAUUGAACGUGAAGGUGUUCAUUUGUUUGUUCUUGAUAAGUCUGUGUCCCCUGAAGAGCGGAAGGAUUUUCAACGUUUUAUUGAUACUGUUCCUACUCCUGAGCGAAAGAAAAUUUCGCCUACAUUGAAUUACCGGCAUCCUUUAAUGAUUAAGGACGAUAAGGAUCGUCCGGCAGUCUUUAAACUCCUUCAAGAGUUUAAAGUUCCUGAUGGACUUGCUGAUUUCUCGGAGUUGCAGGUUCCCAUUUUGCCUUCUGAUGCUCCUAUCGCAGAUUUAUCCUACCCUCGUUAUGAGAUGUAUCGUACGUAUCUCGAAACUCAUAACCGUUUCCCUGAUCGGUUGCCUGCUUUACCUGACAUUUAUCAAAAGGAGAUUGAUGAUAUGCCUGCGGAGACGCGUGAUGCUUAUGGUGUGUACUAUUCGUUCAUCCAUCCUGAAUCCUUGUCUGGUAUUUCAAAUCUUGUCAAGGACGCCAUUUGGAUUGCUAUCCGUGAUCGUACUUUUAUAGACUAUGACAGUUCAUAA